CAGCAGCGCGACUCGUACCGCAGUUACCUGGAGACCCACCUCGCUGAUGUGCUGUCGGAGAAAAAAAUGUGCGUGUUUGCGGUGAACAGACAGUCGACUUUCCUCACGGCCGUGAUCCCUGGCACCGACGUUGAGCUUGGUGGACACACGGAUCUGAUCGUACUGGGAGCUGUGGUGAAGACCCACCCAGAUAUGUUUGGUCCAUGCGUUGAGUCGUCCAAGUUGGCGAUUGAAGUGAAGAAGACGGCGAAGGAGAGUGACGCCUUCGAGGCUGUGUCGGAGCUCAUCACUCUGAGCGUACUCACGUGUGACCCCGUGACGGUCCUACUGACGGACUUGCAAAGUGUCUGGCGGUUCUUCUGGGUUGGAGAGAAGAGCGACACGCACACGGUGGUGUACUCGGCGCUGAUCUCCGACCCCGACGAAGCUUUUGCGGUGAUGAAGAAGCUGAUCCCACCGACCGAGAGGCUCUUUACGCGAUGCAAACUGCGGGACAUGCUUCCAUCGGUCACUGGGAAAAGCGCAUCCGGGCCCAUUGUGGAUAGCAUUCAGCGAUACUAUGACGUUGAGAGUAUGCUCGGCCCCGACGAGGAGAUGGCGCGUGCUGUGGGCGACCAGAUUGCUCGAGGUAUCCCCAACCUC